UCUUGCUUGUGUGAUGCGAACCAGUUGUACUUAAAAAUGCAGUUGAAUGUGCUUUAUGUUUUGUUCAUUGGAUACUUUGUCCGGAUAUCCGAUUGUGGUGCACACGACAAUGUCCACAUAAAAAUCCACGUGCCGGAAUUCCAAUCCGGCGGUGAGAUCGACGACUUUGAUCAUUUCGGCUCGAAAAAGAAACACGUCGUGAUCCACAAACACGAACACAGCCACCAUCACAAACACGACCACGGCCACAAACACGGACACAAACACGAGGGGAAACACCAUCACGACCACAAGGCGCACCACGACCACAAACAUUCGAGUAAACAUGAACACAAACAUGGGCACAAUCACGCUCACAAGCACGAGGGUAAGCACGAACAUAAGCACGAAGGAAAACACGAACACAAGCACGAAGCGAAGCACGGUCACAAGCACAACCACCAUCACAAACAGGAAGGUCAUCACAAGCACGAGCACAAACACCAUGGAGAGAACAAGCACCAGCACAGUCACAAACAUACCAAGGGACACGGACAUCAUCACUCAGAUUCGUACAUUUCCGCCCCGUACAUCGUCGAUCACGACUCCGGAUACAUUGGAGAGUUCGGCGACGAUUCCGGGUACUCGCAAGAAUACAGUUCGCCGUACAAACGAGACGAAGAUUACGAUCAUGACAAUUUGGAAAAUUACGACGACGACAGUCCGGACUUUUUCAGCCAGUUGCGAGGUCACAGUCAGGGCGGUCAUUAUGCCAGUGACAGGACCUCCGAUCCAUUUUCCGGAGUACACUUGUCGAAAACUUCCGAGUCGUCGCCGUUGUUUUCGUUCCGAAAGCAUGUAAAAAUCUACGUCCCAACAUUGAUCCACAAACAUGAGCACACCAAAGUAAUUUAUAAAAAACCUCAUGUGGAAGAUCACGGCAAAAAACAUAUAGUAAUUCAUAAACACGAACACAAACAUCACCACAAACACGGGCACGGACAUAACCACGAUCAUAAACAUGGACACGGUCACAAACAUGACCAUAAACACAAGCAUGGUCACAAGCACAAUCAUAAACACAAGCAUGGUCAUAAACACGAUCAUAAACAAAAACAUGGUCACAAACACGAUCACAAACACAAACAUGGUCAUAAACACAACCAUAAGCACAAUCAUAAACAUCAUAAACAUCAAACGCCACAUAAAGAUCACAGCUGGGAAUACAACGAAAAUAAUGAGGACUACAAAAAUGGAGAUAAAGCAAAAACGUCGAUUAGUGGAGCUCAUUAUAAGGAGGAGAGUUUUGAGAAUCCCUAUCCUAAGUCUAUUUUGGUUCACAGCAGUUACAAGGUAAAGGAAAGUGAUCCGUAUGACGAGAAAGUUUAUAAUUAUCAGUACAAUUACCCUCCGGUUAAUCCUGUGCAAAAGUUAAUCGAGCACCAUUUGAAAGAUGCCGGAGGAAGUGAAUUUCAUGAUGAUGUAAAGGAUUAUUACAAUCAAGAUGUUGGGGAUGAUAUAGUCGAAAAGGGUAAUGAUGAAGUUGAUGACGAUGAUAAUGAAAAGGAUCAUCAAGAUAUUGAAGAAUACGACGACGAGGAAGAAUAG